UUAAAAUCGCAACACUUUAAAUUACGCUGAUAAUCAACAACCAGUUAAUCAAUAAGUGAUUUUGUGAACAAUUAAUUUGGUGUAAAGAAAAAAACAACUGAGGAUUUUCAGAUUAAUUCUGAUUCAAUUCUCAUUCACCAUUGUGCAAAAAUCCUAAAUAAAUCAACAUGAAUACCUUUUGUCCUCAUCAUUUGAUUGUGUAAAUUUAAUCAUGAGACAAAAGUGUAUCAAAAAAAAAAGUCAAAACAAUUAACCACAACAAUAAGGAAGGGAAAACAAAAAAGAUUUGGACAUUUUAAUUUCUUCAAUCGAUUCAAUCAAUUCCGGUUCCAAAUCAAGUGAAUCCUAUUCCUUAAUCCACUAAUCAACAAACCAUCACCACCACCACUUUCCACCAUCUAAAUCUUUAAUUUCCUUCUUAUUUUCUCCUCUAAUUAAUAUAUAAUCUGUGUAAUUAGUUGUUUAUUUCUCAAGUUGAUUUCUUAUUAUAAAAAUGUAAACAAAAACAAAAGUGAACCAAAUGAUGAUUAUUGUUUUUUAAUCAAUCAUCUUGUUGACAUUUACCUAUUCCCAUCUCCAUCCUUAUCCUCCUCUCUCUCUCUCAUUUCAUACAUUCAUCCGUCAUUUAAAAUUAAGAAAGAAAUUAAUUGACUUUGAUGCUAAUUAAUCCAAUCUUCAUUAACAGCAAGGAUUUAUAUCAAAUCAACCAAAACAAACAAAGAUAUUAAAACAAAAUCAAUUUUAUAACAUUAUCAUUGAAACAAAAAUCUCAUACAUUGUAUACACUUAUAUACACAUGUAUCCAUCUUAUUGUCCAUCAUCGUGUAACAAUUAACCAAAUUGUAAUGAAACUUAAUCACCAGAAAUGACAGUUAAUUGAUGAGCUGAUUAUUUUUCACACAAUUAAAUCAUAGACUAAAUUUAAUUACAGAAAAAGGUACAAUUGAGUUUUUCCUCAUUCGAUCCACUCGUUAGGUGGCGUAAAAGUAAACAGUUAAUCCGAAUUGGUGAUUUUCUCAUUUGAUAAUCGUACUUGCAGUGAAUCGGUUUAAUCAGUUGAUUAUUGUUAUUUCUUCACCGCGAACAAUUAACUAAUUAUGUCGUCAGUUAUAUCGGAUGAUGAACUGUAUCAAAAGUUCAAUCUAAUUCCAAGUGAACAACUUGAAUAUGGACCAGUUUGUGGCCAUGGGACAUUCGGUCAGAUUCGGAUCGCCCGUUGGAAUGGUACAGUUGUGGCCACUAAAUCUUUCCACUAUAAGCAAAAUUUUCACGCUGAAAUCAAACACUUUCCCCAAGAUAAACACCCUAAUAUAAUUAAAUUGUUCGGCAUUUGUCCGAAACAUUCACUUCUAGUCUUGGAAUAUGCUGAAUUAGGCUCAUUAGAUCACAUUCUUCAUGAAAGAAUGGACAUUAAUUAUAAACUAUCGCACGCAAUUAACUGGUGCCUUCAAGCUGCUCGUGGUAUCUCAUAUUUACAUUCAAUCAAACCAAAGCCAAUGAUGCAUCGUGAUUUAAAACCACCCAAUCUCUUAGUGUUCGAUGAGGGUCAAACAAUUAAACUCUGUGAUUUUGGGACACUACGUAUGGUGGACACAGAGGUGACCAAUCAACGAGGAUCUGCUGCCUGGAUGGCACCCGAAGUAUUUCAAACUAAAUCAUAUUCGGAAAAAUGUGACAUCUAUUCAUGGGGAAUAAUCUUAUGGGAAGUUUUAUCCCGUCGAAAACCUUACGAAGAUACAACCGAAUCUUGCCGAAUAUUCUGGCUUGUUGCCGCAGGCCUUCGUCCCCCGUUACUGAAAGAAUGUCCCGAAGUAUUGGAACAUCUAAUGGUCCGUUGUUGGAACAAAGAUAGUUCCCUCAGGCCAGAUAUUCACACCGUUGAGACGAUCAUGCAAAAAUUGUUCAACUUUUACAUCGAUGAUAAAAACGAUUCCAUCGAUUCGUUGUGCCUUACGAUUCCUUCAAUUCAUUCAUCAACAUCAUCUCAAGACUCAUCAUCUCAAUCAUAUUAUCAAUCAACUCUAUCAUCCGAUGUUCUAAAUGUAUCUCUACCUCUUUCCGUUGACUCUAAUCGAACAAUUAAUUCGUUGGAACCUCAGUCCAAUACAACAAUUAACUCUCCUUCAUUCCAGCAAAUCACAUCUCGAUCAGAACUAUUAGAUGAGCCGUCGACUUCCAGGCCACUGAUUAAUAGUUCGAGUGAAGAUAAUAAACAAUUACGAUUUUUGGACAAACCAAGUCAACUCUCAUCUCGCUAUUCAAAUGAUUCCUAUCAUACUUAUGAUGGUCUCGAUGACGAUGAUUUCGAGGCUCUCCUUUCACCUGAUCUCAUUCCCACUCGACCUAAUGUUCAAAAUAGCGCUUCAAUGCAACUUUACGAGCUCCAUCGUGAAGAGGCUAAAAAUUAUUUGGAAAAGUAUUUCAAUAUAAUUGUUCUGGAAGAAAAUCGCCUUGAAAGGUCACAAAUAGAAAAAGAGAUUAACGGAACUUGUACCUAUUCUCUGGAAAGUUUAAGGUCACUUUUGAGAUCGGAACAAGCGAAAUACACGAAAAUGAUUGCCGACCAAAGGAUCUCGUUAUUAGAAGCCAAGGAACGAAAUAAAUUUAGCACUUAUGAAAUAGAACAGGGUUGGGUUAUGAUCGGUUAAUCAACUGAUUCCAUUACAAUUAACUAAUUUGAUUAGGGAGAAAAAAACAGUUCUAACAAAAUAAUUGAGAAAUUAAAGUUUCUUGAUUGUCAUCGCCUAAAGUUCAAUGACGAUUAGUUUCUUAUUAAUUAACUUGAUUCUAAUUGUUCCCAGAUAAUUUAAAUAAUUUGUCAAUCGAUUGAUAUUUAAUUACUUAUAUCGAAUCAAAUAAAUUAAUCUUGUUACUUAAAUAAACAAUUUGUUUAAUCAA